AUGACCCUUAAGGUUUGUUCUCAUCCCUUCCUUCCAUCCCCACGAGCCCCAGGAGUGGUGCUGCCUCUGGACAGGAUCCAGGUGGGCCUUAAUGUUCUGAUCCAGAGAGCAAACAAGUUUACCCCGGCCACUCGGCUCCUGAUCCAGAGGUUUGUGCCAUUCCCCGCUGUCGCCAGUGCCAACAUCUGCAACGUGGUCCUGAUGAGGCACACGGAGCUGGAGGAAGGAAUUGACGUCUUGGACAACAACGGGAACAUUGUCGGCUCUUCCAGAGUUGCUGCCAAACAUGCUCUGCUGGAAACAGCCCUGACCAGAGUGGUCCUGCCCAUGCCUAUACUGGUUCUACCUCCCAUCAUCAUGUCCGUGCUGGAGAAAACUUCGCUCCUGAGGUCCCGGCCCCGGAUGAUUCUCCCGGUCCAAAGCCUCGUGUGCCUCGCUGCCUUCGGCCUGGCCCUGCCCCUGGCCAUCAGCCUCUUCCCGCAGAUGUCCGAGGCACCAGGCAGUCCUGGAAGGGACGGCGUUGUUGGGAGUGACCUUCUGAAGGAAGCUGAGACGUUCUCAGCGGUGCAAACGUGAAUCAGCGCCCAUCAGGGCUCAGCCGGGAUGACGCACGCUGCCCACGCGCCCUG